AUGUCUCACACGAGCAGCGUUGCCGUGCCUACCACCACAGGAUCGUCCUCCACGAUUGGCUCUUCGGAAACGUCCAGCUCGCAUACGUCCACCUCGAUUAGUACGAGUCCCACUUCGGUGACGUCGGGAACAUCCAGCUCUGUCACUACCUCUGGAACUGUAUCAUCCAGUACUUCGACGCAAAGCACCAGUAGCCAGACCUCGAGUACCACGACUGCGAGUACAACCACAACCUCAAGUGGAUCUUCUGGCACUUCGUCGUCGACUUCGAAUACGGGGGCGACGUCGUCCGUCACGUCGAGCACUACCGGGACAUCAAUACAAACAUUGAGCACAACUUCGACAUCAACUGUCGUGUCGACUACAGCAGCCACAUCCAGUGUCGUAUCUGGAAGUUCCACAUCAUCGAGCGCUUCCUCGAGUUCAGACACGACGGCGGUCGCGUUCUCCACGACUUCGCCUCAGAGUUCAAAGACUUCUUUGUCUGAAUCUACUUCGGGGGAAGCAUCGUCGUCCCCCACUCGAUCAUCUGGCCUCACUAUCAGCGCUUCGUCGCGCUCGACCAUCGGCUUAUCCCCUUCUAGUCCCCGCCCCUCCGUCACCACUACCGUCACCACGACAGGGGCGGGCGGGCGUCCUACUACGAUAACUACCGUCACGCCAAGCGGAACACUGGCUCCUGUCUCCGACAGUCGAGGAUUCACCCACAACGCUGGCGCUCUUGCGGGGCUUGUCAUAGGCAUCACAGCGGCUGUUGUUCUUGUAGCGCUUGGAGUCUAUUUCCUGCUGCGGAGACGGUUCGGCCCUGCGCAGCCGCCGGUACCACCGGCGAACAAUACGCGAAGGCAACUCGAUCACGACGAGAUGGUGGAUGCCUCGGGAGGGCUUUCUGGUCAGGCGCGCAUCUACGGCGCCAUAGGGACCAAUGUCGGGAGCGGCGAAGUGCUUCUUGACGAUGCCGACACAGACCCGGAAGGCUUGAGCUCACAGUCGCAUGGAUACACUAUGUCACAAGGCCACUCGCUUUACGGUCGACCUGUCGCGUUCGCACCCAUGCCGGCGUUCCCUCUUGCAGAUGCAGCUGCUGCCGACGCACCGCACAGUCCCACCCAUUCCUCAUCUGCUGGUGCACACCGUACGGGUUCUUCGUCGCAUGGCCAUGCGAGCUACAGCUACGGUCCCGUCUCGCAGACCGGGCAUGAUAGUUCCAGUCCUCCAGGUGGCAGUUCCCACGGGCAUUCCAAUGCAGGGAGCUCUCAUGGGCAUUCUACGUCCUUUGAGGGUGCGCGCGUUUGGUGGGCACAAGACCUGCCACCACCUCAGCGCCCAUCCCUUGCCCACGACAGCAGUGGUAGCGGUAGCGGGAUGGGCACGGCAUCUGGAAGCGGAACCAGUUCGCAGCCACUUUUACAGGCUCGUCCGCCCAGUGCGCCUCCUUCAAGUUACCCUUCGCAAGACGCGUCGCGACCUGGCACACCUUCUCGUGGCUUCUCACUGCGUUGGCGACCGCGUAUACGUGGCGGAGCCCCAUCUGGCUCCGAGGCCGCUGAGGGCUCUUCGGCGCCUUCUACGGGCAAACGACGAAGCCAGAGCGUGAACUCUCCGCCGGCCCCUACAUUCUUUGAAGCGACGCCCCGGCCCACUGGUAGGGAACCGGCACCUAGUGGCCUGCUCCUCCCGCCACGGCCAGCAUUUUUUGACGCCUCGAACUUGCCAUUCCCAAGUCCAGAUGUGCUUACGCCGGACGGGCUUCUAAAUCCCGAGAUACGUCGGGUGGGUACUCAAGACGCCGCUCUCGCGAGUGCACACAGUCUACGCGAUGAUAUGGAUUACUCGCGGCCAAUCGUCGCUAGGAUGUACACUUCGACCACGCUGGACUCGUUGCAUCAUACCAAUACGGUUACUCGCUCCAGCAUAGCGAGCGAGCACGGGAGUGAACAUAGCGUGUGGUCGGCUCCCAGCGCCGACCAUGACCACCUGCACGAUGGACCCUACGCGUACGAGCCGACGAUGGAGCCGGAGAACGAAGCAACGGAAAUGGGCUCGGGACCUCCCAUCGUGGUGGAAAGCCCACCUAAUCGCUCAAACGAUCCGUCGCCUGUCGAAGGCGAUCAUGCGUCACGCCGCAGCGAGGCAAACACGACCCACGCCGGCGACCGCCGCACACGUACUCUUCCUAUUGGUUCCAUAGAGCCUUGUCCAUUCGUUACUUCACUGUACAUCUACAAUUGA